CACGGAAUUUUGCAUUGUCCUCUCUGGAUUGACAUGAGAUGUAUUGUUAUUUAUAUUGGAAUACUAUCACAAAUUCUCCUAUGCACGGCCUGGACAAGUUACGAAGAAUGUAGGUCAUAAUUUGCUGGCUCAUUUCAGCAGAUUUCAUCUUGCCGGAAAAUUCAGUUUACUGUAAGGAUUACCAGUCGUUUCGGCGGUUUUCAUUGUCGAGGCAAAUGAGCUUCACGACAGGGAUCUACAACGCGUCAUGGAAUCACUUAUUCUACGUUUGUAAGGUCCGUAUCCAUCCGAAUGGUCGACUGCUGCAUUAUUCCUAUCCGCAAGGCCAUACAUCCUACUGGUACCAUCGACUCCGGGUAGACAUUCGUUUUGCAUCGUGUGGAGAUGUACUCACGAUUGGAUUCAUUCCGGAGGAAACGACGCAGCAACUGCUCCAACCGGAGGAACUCCAGCUUACGUGUCACGAAGUAUAUCCGAAGAUAUUUGACUCCAAACAUCGAAUCAUUUCCCUUUCAUGGCGCACCGAAACCGGAUCGACUGACCUGAUCACGUCGGUUCUGGAUGUACAAAUGUCGGCAUAUAUGCGUUUCGAAGGGAAUUUUGGCCUGGUCGAUAAAAUUCAGCGAUGCGAAGCUGGGUCGGGAUUUUGGUGUGGAAACGACACGGCAGUUUGCAUCUACGGUCAAAUGCGCUGUGAUCAAGCGGAUGGAUGCUUUGAUGGGGGUAGUGACGAAGUUGGUUGUCCACCGCCAAGGAACUACACAGCACCUCCUCCCGCCAGGAAACCAUGGGGCACGUGGACAACAUAUCUCCCAUGGACCGCCAUCUGCCUGAUACCGCUCAUAUUGAUUUUCGUACUUGGACUCAUAUGCACUCCGAGGAAAAGUUUGGAGGAUUUGGAAGACGAAGAAACUAACCAACUGAAGGUGAAUUCCCCGCUGUCAAGAACCUCAUCCUCAGCCUCGGCCUCUUCAUGUGAUUCACCCCGCUCCACGCAUUCUGCAAUUGCGAUCUCCCAUCGCCUCACCAAUGAUAUUGUUCCACGUGCAUCGUCAAAUCCCGAUUUGCCUGCGGCAGACCGGAUACAUACUGUUGUGAUUAGCGAACCAGUCAGUCUCGACUGUCAACGCCAAAUCUCUGCGAUCCACUAUUUCAACCAUUCGCGGGGUGUUGGACGAAUUUCUGUCGCACCUAUCUUACCAACGUCGUCUCAAGGACAACCGUUAUGUUUCCCUCGUGACGUGCGGAUUGUAAGCUUCAAGCUCCCUGAAGAGACCACGGGUGAUCUCGGUGCAUCCACAGCCGGAAAUCAUAAAAAGGCUCAAGAUUUCUCAACAACAAUCAAGACCAAUAUUGACGGAAAGGUCGAAAGUGGUAUCAAAGUAGAAAAGACGUUUGGAGCGGAGAACAACGCUUUCGCCUUGCCGGCACAUUUUGAGAUGGCAGCAGUUCGGAUACGUGACAAAACUGAGCAGGUUUUUCAAGAACAACAGAAUAUUCGGUCAGCUAAGUGCUCGG